UGUGGGACACCGACUCGCCUUUUCGGGACUCCCCAGCACGGAAGUGUUCGCGCUCUAGUUUUUUGGCACGAGUUUCGGAAUAGCGCUGUGCUCCGCGAGAAGACGCCGGGCCGCCGCGCGUGCUGCAGAGGCGCGCGCGGUCGCAGUCAGUCGGAGCCCUUUAUAGUGCGGAGCGUGGAGGGGAAGCCCCGCGAGCACGUCCGCGCUCGCGCCAUGGAUGACUCGGGAAUUAUUCGGCGGAGGAGACUGCAGAAGGAUCUCCCUCUUCCCCGGAAAACCAGCAGCUGCCGGACCAGCAACAGGAAGAGCCUCAUCCUGACAAGCACCUCCCCCACACUGCCACGCCCACAUUCACCCCUCCCUGGCCACAUUGGGAGCAGCCCCCUGGACAGCCCUCGCACCCCAGCGCACUUCUCCUUCGCCUCCUCAAGAAGGGCGGAUGGGAGGCGAUGGUCUCUGGCCUCACUGCCCUCUUCAGGAUAUGGAACCAACACUCCCAGCUCAACGUCUUCUAGCUCCUCCCAGGAGCAGCUGCCCUUCCAGCCCACCAUGGAUGAGCUGCACUUCCUGUCCAAGCAUUUCGGCAGCACAGAGAGCAUCACCGACGACGAUGGGGGGCGCCGAUCCCCCUACGUCCGGCCACGCUCCCGUAGCCUCAGCCCAGGACGAUCACCCUCCUGCUAUGACAACGAGAUCGUCAUGAUGAACCAUGUGUACAAGGAACGCUUCCCAAAGGCCACAGCGCAGAUGGAGGUGCGGCUGGUGGAGUUCAUCGAGCAAUACUCCCCGGAGAACGUGCUCCCGCUGGCCGACGGGGUCCUCAGCUUCAUCCACCACCAGAUCACAGAGCUGUCCCGUGACUGCCUGACCAAAGCCCGCGAGGGGCUCAUCACCUCCGUCUACUUCCUGGAUCUGCAGCAGAACCUGGAGAGACUCCUGCAUGAUGCGUUUGAGCGAUCCGAGAGCUCGGAAGUGGCCUUCGUCACAGAGCUUGUGAAAAAACUGCUCAUCAUCAUCUCCCGUCCCGCCAGGCUCCUGGAGUGUCUGGAGUUUAACCCAGAGGAGUUCUACCACCUUCUGGAAGAGGCGGAGGACCACGCAAAGGAAGGACACCUGAUGAAGACAGACAUCCCACGCUACAUCAUCAACCAGCUGGGUCUCACCCGACAGCCCCUGGAGGAAAUGGUUAAUCUUGAGAGUUACGACAGUGAGGGACCCCACACCCCAGAGACAGAUGAUUCAGCAGAGGGCAAAAUGAGAGCCAUAAAGACGCCUGGGGAAGGUGAUUUUCAGACCAUCAAGCUGAUUAGCAACGGGGCAUAUGGCGCGGUGUACCUGGUCCGGCACCUGGAGACCCGGCAGCGCUUCGCAAUGAAGAAGAUCAACAAGCAGAACCUGAUCCUGAGGAACCAGAUCCAGCAGGCCUUCGUGGAGCGGGACAUCCUCACCUUCGCUGAGAACCCCUUUGUGGUCAGCAUGUUCUGCUCCUUCGAGACGCGCCGGCACCUCUGCAUGGUCAUGGAGUACGUGGAGGGUGGAGACUGUGCCACUCUGCUGAAGAACAUCGGGGCGCUGCCUGUCGAGAUGGCGCGCAUGUACUUUGCUGAGACUGUGCUGGCCCUGGAGUACAUACACAACUAUGGCAUCGUUCACCGUGACCUCAAGCCUGACAAUCUGCUGAUCACCUCCAUGGGUCACAUCAAGCUCACGGACUUCGGCUUGUCCAAGAUAGGGCUGAUGAGUCUGACCACAAACCUGUAUGAGGGGCACAUCGAGAAGGACACCCGCGAGUUCCUGGACAAACAGGUGUGCGGCACUCCGGAGUACAUCGCCCCGGAGGUGAUCCUGCGCCAGGGCUACGGCAAGCCGGUGGACUGGUGGGCCAUGGGCAUCAUCCUGUUCGAGUUCCUGGUGGGCUGCGUGCCCUUCUUCGGGGACACGCCCGAGGAGCUCUUCGGACAGGUCAUCACAGAUGACAUCACCUGGCCCGAGGGUGAUGAGAUGCUUCCUGCCGAUGCCCAGAGCUUAAUCUCUGCCCUCCUGCAGACCAAUCCUCUGCUGCGAUUGGGCACGGGUGGCGCCUUUGAGGUGAAGCAGCACCCGUUCUUCACCGAACUGGACUGGAACAGCCUGCUGAGACAGAAGGCCGAGUUCAUUCCUCACCUCGAGUCGGAGGAGGACACCAGCUACUUUGACACACGCUCCGAGCGCUACCACCACAUCAACUCGUACGAUGAGGACGACACUAACGAGGACGAGCCGGUGGAGAUCCGAAAGUUCUCCUCCUGCUCCCCGCGCUUCAGCAAGGUGUACAGCAGCAUGGAGCACCUGUCCCACCUGGAGCAGAAGCCUCCGUCCUUAAGCAGGCGGGAUCCCAAGGGCCAGAGGGAGGACAAGGUGACCAAGCGGGAGAGCCUGGGCAGCCUGACGCUGCGUGAGAAGAGCUGGAGGAGCGGCUCUCCUGAGAUGAAGCGCCUGUCCUGCUCUGAGUCCUUCUACACGGAGAGCGAGUCGAGCCCUCACUUGGGAGCCCGCCGGCGAUUCUCCGCUCUGAUGGACACGCACCGCUUCGCCUCCCCACUAGAGGGCGAAGCCGAGCCGCCUAGCCGGCAGCCCCUGGCCAAAGCCAGAGGAAGAUCAGUGGAGGGCCCAACCGCCGCUCCCAUGGGGCAGGUGGAGCAGAGGGCUUCCCCGCAGGAGGGUAACGGAGUGACCACCGGAGACAAGCUGCAUCGACCUGCUGAGAUAUUAGGGGAAACAACAAUGGCCCCUGCUAGUACCGUCACAGGGGCGUCUACAACCACAGGGGCCACCGACCCUGUAGGGCCCCGGGCCACCAAUGAUCUGGUCCUGCGUCGGGCACGACACCAACAGCUGUCGGGAGACGGAGAGAAGCUGGGGUCACGGCCGGGGACAAAAGUCAUCAAGUCCGCCUCUGCAACCGCGCUGUCUGUCAUCAUCCCUGCAGUGGAGCAGCAUGGAAGCUCCCCAUUGGCCAGCCCCAUGUCCCCCCGCUCUCUCUCCUCUAACCCCUCAUCGCGGGACUCCUCCCCCAGCCGUGACUACAGCCCCGCGGUCAGCCAGCUGCGCUCUCCGAUCACCAUCCACCGCUCGGGCAAGACGUACGGCUUCACUCUGCGUGCCAUCCGCGUCUACAUGGGCGACAGCGACGUCUACAGCGUGCACCACAUCGUCUGGCACGUGGAGGAUGGAGGCCCCGCCCAUGAAGCAGGACUCUAUGCUGGUGACCUCAUCACCCAUGUUAAUGGGGAGUCUGUCCAUGGAUUGGUCCACACAGAAGUGGUGGAACUCAUUGUGAAGAGUGGCAAUAAGGUGACGGUGACCACCACACCCUUUGAGAACACCUCCAUCAAGGUUGGUCCUGCACGCAAAUCCAGCUACAAGUCCAAGAUGGCUCGACGCAACAAGAAGACAGCCGCAAAAGAGGGACAAGAGAGUAAGAAGCGCAGCUCUCUGUUCCGGAAGAUCACCAAGCAGUCCAACCUGCUGCACACCAGCCACAGCCUCUCCUCUCUGACGCGCUCCCUCUCCUCCAGUGACAGCCUCCCCGGCUCCCCCACCCAGAGCUACCGCUCCUCCCCGGACUCCUCCUACCUCGGGGCGCUGUCCCAGAGCGGCGCUUUAGCCCCGGGUGGCCCGGACUCCGCCACGGCGCCCCAGCACAUGCGCCCCAGCUCCCUGCACGGCCUGUCCCCCAAGCUGCACCGCCAGUACCGCUCCGCCCGCUGCAAGAGUGCUGGAAACAUCCCGCUGUCCCCGCUGGCACACACGCCCUCCCCCGUCACCUCAUCGUCGUCCCCUCCCCCGCCCCCGGCCCCCUGCGGCCACACGGUGGGCAGCUCCAACACCACGCAGGCCUUCCCCGCCAAGCUGCACCCCUCCCCCCCGGCGGCGCGGCCCCGCCCCAAGAGCGCCGAGCCACCGCGCUCGCCGCUGCUGAAGCGCGUGCAGUCGGCCGAGCGGCUGGCCCCGCCCCUCCCCGCCUCCCAGGACAAGAAGGGGGCGGGGCCGGUGGGGGGAGGGGCCGGGCGCAAGCACAGCGCGGAGGCCCUGCACGGCGAGUACCGCCGGGACUCCUUCCACUGCGACACGGGCCUCCAGAGCCUGGUGGAGAUGGAGGGGGAGAACGCCUCCCUGCCCGCCCCCGAGCCCCCCUCCCUCCCCCCCGCGGCCAGUGACGCCGGCGCCCUGAGGCCGGGGAGGAAGCUGGGCCGGCAGGAGUCACCCCUCGGCCGGGAUGCGCUGGCGGUGGCAAGCGAGAGACAUCCGCAAAUGCUAGAAGGGGGCAGCACCAGGGCGGGGCCGCUCCUGGAGACCACGCCCUCCCAGGUGAGGAGCGUGGAAGGAGCUCGGAUGGAGCGCGUGGCUUCGAAAUCCACCCCUGCGGAGGCCCCGGCAGGGGCACAGCCUCCAACGGCAGCAGAUAUCCAGAUCACUCUGACCUCAGUCACCCUGCCGUCGGGGACGGCUUCUGCUCCCGCGGCUGCAUCCCUGGAGCUGCGCAUGCCAGCCACAGAGACAGCAAGUGUGGGCUGCGCUCCUAAACCCACAGAGAAGACCCCUGCCCUGGCAGAGGCAAAGGUCCUGACCCCCCAGGACCAGAAGCAGCAGGGCAUGCAAACGGAAGCUGGGUCGCCCGGCAGGGCCCAGGAGAUAAAGGGGCGGGAGUCAAGCGUGAAGGCAGGGCCACCCAGGGACGUCCCACAGGGGCAGGUGCCAGAGCAGGGGAGUGUGAGCCGAGGCACGGUCACAGCGGAGGCCCCCAAGGCAGGUAAAGGAACAGAGGUGGGCAAGAGAGAGGCGGGGCCAGGCUGGGAGGACCGAACUACUGAAACCAAGGGGAAAAGCAGCACCCCUGCAGCCCCAACCCCAGCCCCAGCCCCAACCCCAGCCCCAGCCCCAACUCCAGCCCUAGCCCCAGCUAAACCCACACCAAGCAAGGACUCAGCCCCGGCACACAGCUGCAGAGUGACAGACAAGGGUCUCCCACAGGUGGCGGAGGAACACACCCCCAGCCCCUCCCCUACCGCUGUCUCCCCCAGCAUCGCUAAGCUCCCCGCAGAGAAGGCCAGCUUUGUGACGCAGCUCGCCAGUGUGGCCAAGAAUGUGCUGGGGCCUGGCAAAACGGGGCCUCAGGAGGGACCCAAGGGAAAAGACAGCCCCAAGGUAGUGGAGGAGAAGCGGGGUAGCUCGGCAGGAAAGUCUGAGGCUUUGUCCGGGAGUCAGCAGGUCACCCCGGCGACGUCACCAUCCAUCGCCGGCUCUGCUCAGCCGGAUAAGACAAAUCUCCAAACUACUUCCAAAUCCCACUCAUGAACCUGGCGCAGUGAAAUGGGCUGGAAAGCCUGGAGCACUUUUUGGGAGUUCCAGAACAAUGUACAAUUUAAAUGGAAAAAUCCGUCCAUAAAGAAAACACUAAA